CACCCUCCUCACUACACCAGAGCCUCCCAGUAGCAAUGGCAAAGUGCCUCGCGGUCGCACUCCUCCUCCUGGUGGCGCUCGCGUACUGCGACGGGAGGGAGCUGAACCAGAAGGGCCAGGCACUUGCAACGGCACGCGGUGCCGGUGGUGGCAUCGGCGAGGAGAAGAUUAUGGGGUUGCCAGAGUUGCCGCUUGUGGGAACCGUUACAGGGACCAGUACCGUUACCGGCCCUGCGGUGGUGCUUCCUGCCGUGGUGCUUCCUGCUAUCCCGGCUCACCCAUGAUCAUCUCCGGUUCAUGUGCUGGCUUACAAGAUGAAGCUGGACUUGCGGCUUCAGACUUCUAGCCAGCACCCCGUCCGGAAGAUAAACACCGGCCUGACCGGCGUUUCGCUCGUUUUCUUGUUCCUUGACGAGCGUCUGUA